CCUUAAUGCACGUGCUGCGGAAUGUAAACAAAUGACUUCCUCAGAUUUCCACGGGCGACCACAAUUAGGGAAGAAAUAGUCGGACAGGCAUUUUCCUAGAGAUAUGACAACGGCUGUUUAAAGAAGGAAGAAAUACAUACCAGAAAAUAAUGAACAAAGUCCAUGGGCUUCAGACAUCAUAAGAUUUUUCUUAUUUUAUGAAUAGCAAGAGGAACCAGUGAAAAAUGAGUUUAUUUACCACCCGAUACCUUCCAAUUCUGUCUUUCACCCGAGGAAUUCGGAGGCAGCCAGCGAGCAUUGCAAGAGUGAGAAAAGAAGCUUCAAAGCAUGAAGUUGUUCUUCCACUGUCAGAAGAAGUAUUACAAACAUUAGCAAAGCAGACUGCAAAUCAGAGUGAAAGGCCACCCCCUCCUAAAGCAAAGAGUAAAGCUGCUCCAUUGAAACAGCUUAGUGUAACUGGACCACUAACUGCACCUAUUACCGAGACAAACCAACAUGAAAAAUUGGCUCAAGUUGUCACUCCUCUGUACCAGAUACCAUAUCACAAACAAUUAAAUGUGAAGGCCCAGGAAAUGAGGCAAGCCCUAAAAGUCCUGAAAAGGCGUUUGACUGAUGUACGAGCUCCCUUACAACAGACAUUUCAGGGACUUCCUUGCCCUUUAGAACCAGUUCGACCAUCACCAGAAGUGCUCGCCUACAGGAACAAGGAUGAGUUUGGAAUUCAUUUUGGUGUAGACGGCAACCCAAAGACAGUUGGCUUUUUCAUUGGCAGACCCACAGAUCCCCUGAUGACUUGUGUGCCACCAACUUUCUUGAUCAAUAUGCGAGAUAGUCAUAAGCAAAUUGCUGAGAGUUUCCAGAACUUCAUCCGCCAGUCAAGCCAUGAAGCUUGCCACAGAUUUGACACCGGCGGGGUAUGGAGGAACUUGGUUGUGAGGUCAACCCAGAGUGGGGAAAAGAUGGCCACGGUCGUCAUCCAUCCACAGCAGCUUGGAGAGGAUGGCAUACAGGAGAUAAUGGAAGAUCUGAGGAAGUACUACUUUGAUGGAGAGGGGUCUGAGUACGAGCUGGAUUCCUUGUAUUUACAAGCUUGCCAGCACACCAGAUGUACUCGUGAACAAGCUCCUUACAGACUAGUGGGAGGGCAGAGAUACAUCACAGAAACCUGCCAGGAUUUGAAGUUUCAAAUCUCACCUGAUUCAUUUUUCCAGGUAAACACAAAAGGAGCCGAAACAUUAUAUAACACAGUGAAGGAGAUAGCUGAAGUCUCUCCUAUAACAACCCUUCUUGAUAUCUGUUGUGGAACAGGAACUAUAAGUCUGGUUAUGGCACCACAUGUCAGAGGGACUGUGGGUAUUGAAGUUGUCACUGGUGCUGUGGAUGAUGCGAGGAGGAACGCCAAAGAAAACAAUGUGGAAAAUGCUUCCUUCUUAGCAGGCAGAGCAGAAAAGGUUCUACCUAGGAUUAUCAGUGAACUCUCUGACUGCACAGAUGUGGUGGCCAUUGUGAACCCUGCACGGGCAGGUUUACAUCCAGAUGUCAUUAGAGGAAUCCGACAGUGUGAAGCCAUCAACAAACUAGUAUACAUUAGUUGCAAACCUGAAGGCUUUGCAAUGGAAAACUUUGUCAAACUUGGUUCAACUCGUGGUAUUGCAAGUAAAAGGGACAAAUCUGCACCUUUCACGCCAAGAUAUGCAGUUCCUGUAGAUCUGUUCCCACAUACCAGCCAUACUGAGCUUGUCAUUUUAUUUGAACGGGUUUAUGAUUUUUAAAAUCUUUCCAAUAUGUCUAGUCCAAAUGUACAUUUUGUAAAAUAAAGCUGUUGAGAUA